AUGCCUUUCGACCCUGCGAUCGCCGGCAUCUGUGCGACGGGCGUGACGAAGCUGGUCGACACUGCCAUCGGGGAGAAAUGCAUUCACCACGCCCACAAGAUUGCAGAUCCUCGCGAGAAGAGAGAUUGCUCAGGAAGUCGGUCUCGAGAUCGUGCGUCAAGUUCUGCCAGCGAUAGGAAGAGCGAGGAGGACUGGUCCAGGAAAUCGUACUUGCGAAGUAGUCGACAUCAGCAGAAGGCCGCGCCGGGAUCUAGACGCCAGUACGAAGAGGAACCGCAAGACCAUUGGUCGAGGAAGACGUAUUUUCGGCGGAAGAAACACCAACAGCAACAUCAGCGACGCGGUUCCUCGCCUGAGGCGCAGUAUGAACCACCUGCUCCGCCAUUGUCGAAGGAAGAACGACGAGCGGCCGAGGCGUGGGAGCAGCGAUGCGACACAUUUCGAGACGCGAAGAACCGCUAUGUGCCGACGGCGCCUCACCCUGCGGCUCCGGUCAUGUCGUGGGACGAGGAGCGAGUGUAUUCUGAUGUCGAGCGUGCUGUCAGAGAAGCGACGAAGAGGGCGUCACUGGAGCAAACCCGACUGCGGUGA